AGAUCUAGAUCUACAUAAAAUAUGAAACAGCGCAACGUUGUCGUGAAACCAAAAUUUCAGUGCAGGAUAUGCAAAUUACAUUUAGAUCUAGAAGUCUAAUCUUUUUGUCUAAACAUGAUAUCCCAUCAGUUCGUUAGUUGAAUAAAAGUGAAACAUAUUUCUCAGAUGGAACUAUUAUUGUGCGGAUGAAUCGGUUGUUUUUGUUGACAAAGUUACUUUCGUUUUCAGAUAGGUGUUUUAAAUUUUAUCACAUGCAAGAGUUAAAGUAUGUCAUGUGACCUACAAGAUGGUAGAAACCAAAAUAAUAUUCCAGCUGUUAAUUACGUAGAAUAAAUAAUAAAUUCAAAUUCUUUGAUCCGGAUCACUAAAAAUUGUAUACAAUUUAUAACAGCGUUCGAUGAUAUAAAGUAAUAAUGAGUGUAUUUAAAAAACUGAAAGGAACAUUUCAAAGUGCCCAGCAAGAUAUUGUUGAUGGUCUGCGCUCCCUCACUGUUUUAGAUUCUCAACCAAGACAUGAGCAAUUGCGCAACAUUAAAACUAGAGAAAUCAACCUGGAUGCAGGGGCAGAUUUACUCUACAGCUACCAAGCAACAUGGAGUGCCAUGCAAACAGAUACAAAAGAGUCAGCUAAAAAAGCUGAGGAAGUGAGCAAUUUGUUAAACCCUUUGUUCUUACAAUGGGAUAAAUGUGGAGAGUCCAUUUCCCAACUGGAGCAGGAAGUAAAAGCUAUUCCCAAUAUCCUAGAAACUCUGAGCCAGCUGCAAACUUUGCUUGAGACGUUACGUCAAGACUUUGUAGUGGCAGAGAAAGGGCUGGAUCUGCUGGAGAAUCUGUGUGAGGAACAAGAUUUCAGGAGUAAACUAAUGAACGAGCAUAAAAAGUUAGCAGUCUACAAGCUACAAAAAGAAGCAGAGGCAGAAAAAGUUAAAGUUGAAAUGGCCCGAAUUCAUGCCAAGAAGAUGGCCAAAUUAGAGGCUGAGAAAAAAAUAAAUUUGCAGGAGCGUGCUGAAGCAUUUAAAACUGCAUUUCAGGAAGACUUGGAAUACUAUCGUGCGCAUGGUCAUCCAGAUCGUGUCCACUCAGAGUUUCCAAAAGUUUCUAGCCUGAGUGAAAUUGUUAUAGAGGAUGAUAAAGUGGAAUUAGAUUCUUUUCUAGGACCCUCUGGUGAAGUGGAUGAUGCUCCAGGUCAGUUGGAGCUGUCCGGUGAAAACCCUUACAUUGAGGACGAUUACACGACAGAUUUCUCUAUUAAACAGGAUGCAGAGUUUAUUGAUGAUGUACAGUACAUCAAUGCAACUCUUUUAGAAGAGAUUACCAUUGUGGAGGGGGAGGAUGUUGACGAGGAGUAUGAUGGAGAUUCAAUAGCCAAACAUUUACAAGCUACAGAUUAUCUAGAAAACCUGGGGAUUAGAACAGAAUCACUCUCUGAUGACUUGCCAGAUACACACGACAGCAUUAAAAUGGCUGAAAAUUUGGGAGAAACGAAUUCACAUCAUGAAGAUAUUAAAACAAGUCCUGCUAGUUCAGUAUCUCAUGAAGUAGAGAAAGCAGAAAUAGAUGUUCCACAUAAUGAAGAGAAACAAACUGAUGAGGGAGAAUCAUAAUGUUGUUUAACUAAACCAAUUGACUGUGAUUUUCUAAAUUCUAAUCAGCCUUUAAUUAACAUUCUUACAACACUAAGGACCAAGAUAUCAGUUUGCAACACAAGUGCCUUAUAUAUAACUUCAUGUUUAAAUAUUUCAAGAUGCACAUCAGGCAAGUGGAGAGUGAGUGUUAUUUUAUGGAAUUAUUCAGAUGGAUGCUAUUUUAUACAAUUCAUUUUAUAACACUGGUUUAAAAUAAAUCCUAUCAAUGAUCUAAGAAAACAUAAUUUUAUUUAUCUUCUUUCUAAUGAUAAAAUAACGUAAUUGUUACAUUAAUAAUUUUAUUUAUUAUUUGCCAAGGAAAAGAUUUUAAAAAGAAAUUGGGAUAACAUAAGGUUUAUGGUAAAGGGAUAAUGUUUUUUGAUGAAAAUGUAAAUUCAAAUUAUUGUUAAUAAUUUAAUCCAUUUAAAUUUCAGUCUUUCCUUUUAUUUCAAUUAUUUUGUUGUUUUAAUUACUGUAAAUUUUUAAGUCUUCCAACUUGUUGAAUAUAUAAAAUGUAGAGAACUCUAUGCUUAACCCUUUACUGUCAGGGCAUAAAAAUAUUUUUCCUCCAGUAGAAGUUCCAGUCUUACCAAGCCAAAUAAUGUUACAUAUUUCAGUCACAAUACUUCUUUUAAAAUCAUCAUACAGUCUUAGUUCAUUAUAUUUAAAUUUAUUAUUUACAAAUAAUGAAUACAAAUAAUAUCCAACUAAGAAAAACCCACAAUCUUUAGAGAUUAAAUGUUAUAAUGAGGUAACUUCAGUAAAUAAAGUUUUGUGUUCCAGGUUUACUGAUUAUUUCUAAAAAAAUUUAUAAACUUUUUGAAGAGAAAAACAAGUUGAUAAAACUUUCUGUUUAUGUGUGCUUCAAGUAUCUUAGAAUCUCUUUAGGAUGAGACUUUCAUUACAUUACGUAAGGGCGUACAUAGUUCUGGCACAUAUAACAGCAUCACAUAAAAUCUGUGGCACAUUAGCACACAUAUUGGACAGUAAAGGGUUAAUUUCAUCUCAUUACUUGAAAAUUCAUCAUUAUUAUCUCUAUAAAAUUGUUACUUGUUUUUCUGAAUCCAAGUUUUUAUUUAUUUAUUUUGUUGAAAAGAACAAUAGAUUUGAAUUUAAAGUGUCUUAUUCUUAAAAGGUAGGCCUAUAUUGUUUGUGCAUUCAGUCAGUUUUAACAGUUACUAAUGUAAAGAUGUUUUUGACCAUCCUUAUUUGUAGACAGAAUGUUUGAUGUAUAAACUGACCGCCUACUGUUAAAUAAAGCUGAUAUAUUUAAAAAUCUAUAUCCUUUAUAACCAGAUAGAUUAGUGUAUUUUUAAAAACUAGUGUUUAUGUUUGUUUUUAUUUCCCCCACAAAAAGUACAACAGAAAGAUUAAUUAAAAGAAUAAGAAAAAAGUGUUGCUGUAUAAAUACUCAAAUAGAUGGUUUUUUUAAUGGAUUGCAAUUUUUAUUAUUCAUAUAUCUAAAGAAAUGUUACUAAUAUCUUUCCAAAAUGUGCAAUCUGCUCUUCGUUUAUUUGUUUCAUAAUUUCAUCUUUUAUUUUACUGUGCAUCUUACCUUUAUACUAGUAGAAAAAAUUCUUAAAAAUUGUAUUUCCGUCCUUAACUAGUAAUAAAAAGAUAACUUACAAGAAUGCAUACCUUAUUUAAAAAAUAAAUAAAUUGUAAAACGAGUUUAUAUUCCCUAAUUAAAGUUACAUGUAAUGUUAUGUGUUUAUAUUAUUUUAUAAAAAAUAAAAUAAAUUAUGUGAAUUAAGAC